GGCGGAGCUGGCCCCGACGUGGUUGGGGAUGAAUGCUUUGGUGAGACGCGGAGUGGCCCGCGCGGGCAUUCCCUGUAUUUGGAGAGGGAAAUUCUUCAGCUCCGGGAAUGAGCCGGCAGAAAGUCACCAGGUGACGCCGAUGCUGCGGCAUCUUAUGUAUAAAAUAAAGUCUACAGGUCCCAUCACUGUGGCAGAGUACAUGAAGGAGGUUUUGACCAACCCAGCCAAGGGAUAUUAUGUGCAUCAUGAUAUGCUAGGAGAAAAAGGAGACUUCAUAACCUCACCUGAAAUAAGUCAGAUCUUUGGGGAGCUGCUAGGGGUAUGGUUUGUAAGUGAAUGGAUGAGCUCUGGAAAAAGUAGUGCUUUCCAGCUGGUGGAGCUGGGCCCAGGCCGGGGCACCCUCACUGGAGACAUUUUGAGGGUGUUCAGUCAGCUUGGGUCUGUGCUAAAAAACUGUGACAUUUCAGUCCACCUAGUAGAGGUGAGCCCAAAGUUAAGUGAGAUUCAAGCACUGACCCUGACGGAGGAGAAGCUCCCUUUGGAGAGAGAUGCUGACUCCCUGGUGUACAUGAAAGGUGUCAGCAAGUCUGGGAUUCCAGUCUCCUGGUACCGAGAUCUGAAGGACGUCCCUAAAGGAUACAGCUUUUAUCUCGCACAUGAGUUUUUUGAUGUUCUUCCCGUGCAUAAAUUUCAGAAAACACCACAAGGAUGGAGAGAAGUGCUUAUUGAUAUCGACCCACAGGUGUCUGAUAAGCUGAGGUUUGUCCUGGCGCCUUGUGCAACCCCAGCAGAAGCCUUCAUACAGCACGAUGAAAGAAGGGACCAUGUAGAAGUCUGUCCCGACGCUGGCAUUAUCAUACAGGAACUGGCUCAGCGCAUUGCACUCACUGGAGGCGCUGCCCUGAUUGCGGACUACGGUCACGAUGGGACGAAGACAGACACCUUCAGAGGCUUCUGUGGACACCAGCUUCAUGAUGUCUUAAUUGCUCCUGGAACAGCUGACCUGACAGCUGAUGUGGACUUCAGUUAUCUGCGCAAAAUGGCCCAGGGAAAAGUAGCCUCUCUGGGUCCAGUAGAGCAACAGAAAUUUUUAAAAAACAUGGGCAUUGAUGUCCGGCUGAAGGUUCUUUUAGAUAAAGCAGAUGAGGUAUCUGUGAAGCAGCAGUUACUUCGGGGGUAUGAUAUGUUAAUGAACCCUCAGAAGAUGGGAGAAAGAUUCAACUUCUUUGCCUUGCUACCUCAUCAGAGACUUCAUGGUGCAAGUCAAGAAAGGAAUGCCCGUCAGUCAAAAACCCCCACAUCAUCUGUAGCUGGGUUUGAUGAACUUGUUUGGCAGUGAAUAGUUCAACUUGGACUUUUUAUACCUCAGUGUGCUUUAAAAAUCAAAAUAAACUCAUUUUGUAUAUUGAA